UCCAUGUGAUCCGCAUCUCUUCUCCUUCGAUACUCCGUACUAUUUAACCACCAAUUAUUAAGCUUUUUUUCCUCCAAACAAUUUUAACAAGUACAUAAAUUAAUAAAUUCGAAUCAGAGUUUCUUUCUUCAUUCUAGCUUCUUCUCAAGCUUCUGGGUUGCGGAUUUAGCUAGCUGUUGUCCUUCUUACUCAGAAAAGCUAGUUAUAAGCUCGGCUUGCAACUGACAACAAAAUUUCCUGUGGCAACGAGUCUUUUGACUGCUGGCUGUAAGUUACUGUGGGUUGGCAGUUCAUGAUUAACAACUAAGCAGGAGAUGGGUCCCCAGAGUGCAUUGAAUUCAAGUAGAGCGUUAGAAGGUGUCCAUGGAGUGCAGGUGGUGCCACAUGCUCCAUUUAUUGUUGAAGAGGUCACUCAACUUGGGGACCAAAGGCCAACUUGUGAAGAUUCAAAAACUAGAAUUAGUCGACAUGUAUUAAUGCAACGUGUGCAGGAGCAAAUAGCUAUACGUUUAAGACCUGUCCACUGCUCCCAUACCGGUGAUCAAAAUCUUGCUGAAACAGUUGCUAAUGUUGUAACUUCCCUCCCAUUUAUUGCGCUUGGAGCCCAUGCACCUAGGAAAAGUUUGAAUUCCAAAUUGUAUGCAAAUUCUCUGAUUGGAGUUGGAGUUGCCUCUAGCAUGUAUCAUUGUUCCAGGGGCAGGAUCAGGAAGUUCUUGAGAUGGGUUGAUUAUGCUAUGAUAGCAACUGCGACUGUGUGUCUUUCAAGAGCACUUAGGAGCGAACAUCCGAAACUUCUGAUGGCUGCAUCUGCUGUGUGUCUACCCUUCCAACCACUCAUGGUUUCAGUUGUUCAUACUGGUUUGAUGGAGGUGGCAUUUGCUCAAAGGGCAAUCAAAGAUCCAGAGUUAAGAAUGGCUCAUAAUGUCCACAAGGCAUGUUCAUUGUUGGGCGGCGUGUUAUUUGUUGCUGAUGAUGUUUUCCCAGAAACUCCAUAUCUUCAUGCGGCUUGGCAUCUUGCUGCAGCUGUUGGAGCUGGCACGUGCAACAAGCUUCUUGAGUAGUGCAGGUUUAUACACAUCACACAUUUUUUUGAAGCUUUUACCUAUUCUUUUUGGUGAAGCCUAGAGGGUGGAAAAAAAAUCUAGGAGUAUUGUAUAAAAUUAUUGAAUUGGAUCUUGUAAAUAGUUAUGUAGACUGUAGCAUCGUAUGAUGGGGGGGGGGGGGGGGGGGGGUGAUGAGGGUGGAACAAGAAUGUAGUGGAGUGCAUAUGCAAUGGCAGCUAUUGCUGCCUUAGGAACUCAAUAUGAGAUUCUUUGAAAUCUUAUGUUCGGUACGGCAUCCGAGAUCAAUUAAUCAAUCUCCAAAUGGAGUGAAUUGCAGUGUCUCCUAGAACAGUUUCUAACGUAAAAUCAAAUUCAAGGGACUAAUGUUAGAUGUACUUUGAGUAUUUUUUUACUUUUGGCAUAUUUAGUUGAUAUGAAUAGAUUUUACAUGUCUUCUAUCG